AUGUUAACAUUACUUAUUCCUGGCCCUUCAUCCCCGGGCAAUGAUAUUGAUAUCUAUCUACAACCGCUAAUCAAAGAUCUAAAAGAGCUAUGGGAGGUUGGGCUGGAAACAUAUGAUGCUUCAACUGAUAAGAGGUUUAUGAUGCAUGCAGCUUUAUUAUCUACGAUCAGUGAUUUUCCAGCUUAUGCAAUGUUGUCUGGUUGGAGCACAAAGGGGAAAAGGGCUUGUCCUUGCUGCCAUUAUGAUAUGGAAUCACAAUGGUUGGACCAUAGCCGUAAAUUUUGCUAUUGGCAUCAUCGUAUAUUUUUGGAUUCAACCCACCCUUGGCGCCAUGAUAAGAGAACUUUUGGAGAAAUUGAGGAGAGAACUGAACCUUUUAGAUUGAAAGAUAUAACUAAGAAAACCAAGGACAAUGUGUGUGCUCGUCGUGAUCUAAAAGUUCUUAAAAUUUUGCCAGAACUUCAGCCUAUUGAAAUAGAUGACCUUCGUGAAGAGAUCCCAAGGUCACGCUUCUGGAUGACAUUAGAGAAGAAGCGCUUGUUUUGCCGAACCAUAAAAAAUGCAAAGUUGCCUCAAGGGUAUGCUUCUAAUAUUGCUCGUUGUGUGCAAGUUAAUGAGGGGAAGAUAACAGGAUAUAAGAGCCAUGAUGCUCAUUUUUAUAUGCAUUACUUGCUUCCAAUUGUAAUAAAGGCAACUUUACCUAAGGAAGUUGCAACUCCGCUGAUUAGACUUUUUCAUUUGGUGGAAGAAAUCAGGCUUGGAGGUCCCAUUUGUAAUAGAUGCAUGUAUGCAAUUGAGAGGUUUCUUCAUGAGUUGAAGGAUGAUGUUCGGAACAAAGCUUGCCCCGAGGGCUCAAUGGCAGAAGCAUAUUGGGCUAAAGAGUGUCUUCGAUUUUGUGCUAGAUACAUAAAUCGACCAAAGACUUCUUCAACUAGUGGUAAGUCAAAAACCGCACAACCAUUCCUUCCUAAUAUUGGUCGACCGACUAGGGGGAAAGGAAAUCCCACAAAGAAGAAUCAAUAUGGAUUUAUGAUUGAUCACAUUACAUGGGACCAAGCCCAUCAAUAUCUGUUAUUCAACUGUGAUUGUAAGGAAGUUAAGAGAUACAUCAGUGAACACAUGGCAACUUUAAGCUCCCAUAGGAAACGAAAAUGGGAUACUGUUCAGAAUCAUAGUAAGGAGUUUAUGGCUUGGUUUAAGGAGAAAGUUGCCUGCAUGAUUCAGCAAGGUGCUGUAGUACCAGAGCAUUUGAAAUGGUUAUCAAAAGGUCCUUCUUAUGUGGCAAAAAGGUACACUAGGUACUCUGUGAAUGGAUUUCACUUUCACACUAUGAAGCGUGAUGCAAAUUCUAUAUCACAAAACCGUGGAGUAACUUUAAACGCUCUAACACCUAGCUUUUCUAGUAGCAAAGAUCAAAAUCCUAUAAUGGGAAGUGUUGCUUAUUAUGGUUCAAUAGAAGAUAUCAUUGAGCUAUCAUACCAUGGCCAAUUUAGCGUUGUCUUAUUUAGAUGUAUGUGGUUUUACUCAGAAAUGAAUGAUGAAUUUAUUUUGGUUAAUAAGAAUAGAACCAUUGGUGGGGGAGAACCAUUUAUUUUAGCAUCUCAGGCACGACAAGUUUUCUAUGUGGAAGACUUAACCAAGAAUGGUUGGUUUUAUGUUGUUCACAACCUUCCUACAGAACUCUCUGAUGGUAGGAUGUUAUGUCUUGUUUUUUUUUUUUAA